ACAAAACAAAAAAACCAUUAAAAGAGAGGUAUUAAAUAAUAAAAAAUAUUAUUAUCAUUAUUAUUAUCACUAUCAUUACCAUUGUUUUUACUAUUAGUAUUAAUAUUAUUACCAGAACUAUAAAACCAUAAUUAAAGAUGUCAGAUUUAAAUACUACAAACUCUGCUUCAAACCAUUCACUUUCUUCAUCACUCAAACAGAAUGACAGUUAUCAUGAUAUAAACGACAAUAAUACCAUAUCUGAUAUCAAUACUCUUCAUCCCAUAAAUAACAAUAAUGAGCCAAAUAUACAGGAUACUCUUGAUAACGUAACUCAAAACCUAUCCAAUUUAUCCACUGAUGAUCAAACUACUCUGAUUCAAAAAAAAAAUUAUAAAUUAUCCUUUGAUGUUGGCGUAAGUGAAAACAAAAACCCCAAAUACAGACCAACAAUGGAAGAUGUUCACACCUACGUUGCCAAUUUCUGCGAGCGUUUAGAUUGGGGUUACUUUGCUUUAUUUGAUGGCCAUGCAGGAAAACAAGCUGCUAAAUGGUGUGGUCAAAAUCUACAUUUAUUACUACAAAACGAAAUUCUCAAAAAUGAAAAAAACUCAUCAAAACUCAUCAAUGAUCAAGAUAUAAGAUCCUGUUUGAAUAACUGCUUUCAAGAAGCUGAUAACUUGAUCGCUGAUAGUAAUAACAGUAUCGGCUCAAGUGGUUGUACCGCUGCCGUGGCUAUAAUAAGUAAUCCUCCACAAAAAAACAAUACUAAUAUCAACAAUAACAAUAAUGACAAUGAUACAGAUAUCCAUAAACAUAGCAUUAUCAACAAUAAUGAAAAUUACCAAGUCACCAAAAAUAACUAUAGAAAUAAAGACAAAGACAUGACAAUACCCCAGUUUUCUGACCAGCUUAAUAACUCAAAAAUAAAAAGAAAACUACAAUCAAAUUUUCAAUCUCAAUCUCAGUCCCAAUAUCUUAAAGAUUACUCAAAUUUAUUUGACUUCAUUCCUACUCCAAACCAUAGAAGAAUGUUGUAUACCGCAAAUGUCGGCGAUUCAAGAUUGGUUCUUUGUAGAAAUGGGUUUGCCAUCAGACUAUCUUACGACCAUAAAGGCAGUGAUACAAAUGAAUCAAAUAGAAUUGUUCAAUCUGGAGGCUUAAUAAUGAGAAAUAGAGUCAAUGGAAUUCUAGCUAUAACAAGAUCUUUAGGCGAUCAUUACUUGAAAAAUUUAAUAAUCGGAAAACCCUACACAACAGCCUUGGAAAUGACUGAUGGUGACGAAUUUCUAAUAAUUGCUUGUGAUGGUUUAUGGGAUAUUAUAAAAGAUCAAGAUGCAGUUGAUCUAAUCAGAAACGAAGCCAACCCUCAAGUUGCUUCAAGAGUUUUAUGUGAUCAUGCUAUUAAAAAUUUAAGUAUGGAUAAUGUAACUGUCAUGAUCAUAAGAUUUGAUCAAAGAAUUUUAGAACUGACUUACUCUGAUAGCGAAUUAAGUGAUUAUGAUGAAUCUCAAUCUCAAGAUCAAUUGAACUUAUCCUGAUACAAAAUUGCUUAAACAAAACUGAAAGUAAUGAAAAAAUAAUGAAAAAAUAAUGAAAAAAUAAUGAA